AUGGCAGAUCCCAUCCGCUGGGCCAGAUAUCGUUGGCAGCGACUGAUAUCUACGGAGGGCAGAGAAGGUGGCAGCAGCAGCAAUUCAAGUAACAAGUGCUAUCAAUCAUCAAAAACCAUUGGCAAACACAGGAUAGUGAUACCCUGUUUGGGACAUUUUAAGGAGGAGUAUGAAAAAGUAUCAAAACUGUACAUGAACAACAAAAUACGGACUACUAAGUAUACUUUAUUGAAUUUUUUACCACGGAAUUUAUUUGAACAAUUUCACAGAGUUGCCAAUUUGUAUUUCCUGUUUCUAGUCGUCCUAAAUUGGGUUCCUCUGGUAGAAGCCUUCCAAAAAGAAAUUACAAUGCUACCUCUAGUAGCGGUUCUGACCAUUAUUGCAGUGAAAGAUGGUCUGGAAGAUUACUCAAAGUACAAAAUGGAUAAACAGAUAAACAACUUACUAACCAAGGUAUAUAGCAGGAAAGAGAAGAAAUACAUAGAUGAAUGCUGGAAAAAUGUCAACGUUGGGGACUUCAUCCGGCUUUCACGUAAUGAAAUCAUUCCUGCUGACAUGGUGCUGCUGUAUUCUAGUGACCUGGAUGGGAUCUGUUACAUAGAAACAGCAAGCCUCGAUGGAGAAACCAACCUAAAGCAGAGGCAGGUGGUGAGAGGAUAUUCAGAGCAGGCAUCUGAAAUUGAUCCAGAAAAAUUUUCCAGUAGAAUAGAGUGUGAAAGUCCAAACAACGACCUCAGUCGCUUCCGAGGCUUCGUUGAGCAUUCAAACAAGGAGCGAGUGGGCCUCAGCAAGGAAAACUUACUGCUCCGAGGGUGCACGGUGAGAAACACAGAAGCUGUUGUGGGCAUCGUGGUUUAUGCAGGUCAUGAAACCAAAGCCAUGCUGAAUAACAGCGGUCCUCAUUACAAGCGCAGUAAAUUGGAAAGGAAAGUCAACACUGAUAUUCUUUGGUGUGUGCUGCUUCUGAUUGUGAUGUGUUUAACUGGUGCAAUAGGCCAUGGAAUUUGGUUGAGUAGGUAUUCAGAAAUACCUUUUUUUAACAUCCCUGAGCCGGCUGGGAAAUCAAUUCCUCCAGCGUUAGCAGGGUUCAAUAUGUUCUGGACGAUGAUCAUUUUACUACAGGUCUUGAUCCCAAUUUCUCUCUAUGUUUCAAUUGAAAUUGUCAAAUUGGGACAAAUUUAUUUAAUACAGAAUGACGUUGAUUUUUACCAUGAGAAAACAGACUCAACAAUUCAGUGUCGAGCACUGAAUAUUGCUGAAGACCUUGGCCAGAUUCAGUAUAUCUUCUCUGACAAGACUGGAACCCUCACUGAAAAUAAGAUGGUUUUUCGGAGAUGCAGCAUUGCAGGACAGGAGUAUUGCCAUGAGGAAAAUGCAAAGAGGUUGGAAUCUUAUCAAGAGAUGGACUCAGAGGAUGAGGAUGCAACUGAUCAUCAGUGUGGCUCUUCGACUCCUAUGUCAAAAUGGCGGGGGCACAACUGCAGAGCUGUGGAUGAGCCUUUGGGCAGAAAGCCCUCGCAGGAGUUUUCUGGUAGUUACCCUGCAUUAGGAAGGGAAGAUGGAGCAGGUGAUGUUCCUCGCUCAGGACAUGUUGCCUUCAGCAGCCCCAUUGAAACGGAUGUCGUACCGGAUGCACAACUGCUGGAGAAGUUCCAUCAAAUUUCUUCUCUUUCCUAUCAACAGUCAGAAGAAGCUAGCAGCAGGUUAUCUUUGGAGACAAUGUACAUCACUGACUUCUUUCUUGCUCUGGCAAUCUGUAAUACUGUUGUAGUUUCAGUCCCCAAUCAGCCACGUCAGAAGAUGCGACUCUCUUCACUGGGUCGGACGCCUAUUAAAUCGCUGGAGGAAAUCAGGCAGAUGUUCCAGAGGCUGUCAGUGCGGAGACUGAGUUCCUCCCCACUUCCAAGUGUCAAAGAGUCAUCGUCUGAAAGCCCCAACAGUUUUGUGCGCAAACUGUCUAUUUUCAGAAUGAAGCUGGCUUCACCUGCUUUGGAUGGAACUGGUCAAAGGGCCGCUGAGCCUCACGAGACUGACAGCCCAGAAGAUCCCAAAGUGCCUCAAGAACGAGAUACGGUGAAUGUAGCUGCUGGCUGUGAACACAGCAGUGCCGCGUCAUCUGCUGGAUUGUCCCCCUUACCGAAACUCUGUUAUGAAGCGGAGAGUCCAGAUGAAGCUGCCUUGGUCCACGCUGCUAGGGCUUAUAAAUGUAUUUUGCAGUCCAGGACUCCAGAACAAGUAACUGUGGACUUUGCAGGCCUGGGAUCUUUAACGUUUCAGCUUUUGCAUAUCCUGCCUUUCGAUUCAGUGCGGAAAAGGAUGUCGGUGGUGGUUCGGCAUCCAGUCUCCAACAAGGUGGUGGUGUACACAAAAGGUGCAGACUCAGCCAUGAUGGAUUUGCUGACAGUUGCGUCUGAAGGAGGUACUAAUAAUUCAGAAAUGGAACAAAAGAAGAUUAAAGAGAGAACUCAGAAGCAUUUGGAUGAUUAUGCCAGGAGAGGACUGCGCACUCUGUGUAUUGCUAAGAAGGUGUUGAGUGAUGCAGAAUACGCAGAGUGGUUAAAUCAUCAUUUUUUAGCGGAAACCAGUAUUGACAAUAGGGAGGAGCUGCUGCUUGAAUCUGCCAUCAGGCUAGAGACCAGACUAACUUUACUCGGUGCCACUGGCAUUGAAGAUCGCCUGCAGGAGGGGGUUCCAGACACGAUACAGGCGUUACGGAAAGCGGGAAUAAAAAUCUGGAUGCUGACAGGUGACAAGAGAGAGACCGCUGUCAACAUUGCCUAUGCCUGUAAACUGCUGGAGCCGGACGACAGAGUCUUCACUCUCAAAUCACAGAGUAGGGAUGCCUGUGCCUUGGUCAUCAGCAAAAUUUUAGAAGGCAUCCAGAAGAAUACUCCUGCCAAAAAAACCCCUGGCCAGAAGCUUGGGAACGUCUCUGCAAGUCGCUCCGCCCAAGCUCCAGGGUUCAGUGCAGGCCUGGUUAUAGAUGGAAGGACUUUAGAGCACGUUCUUCAUGGCAGCCUGCAGGAUACUUUCCUGGAACUCACAGAAAAGUGCCAGGCUGUGGUCUGCUGCCGAGCCACGCCGCCGCACUCUGAAAAGAAGUAGAAGCCAGUUAGUUGUGAUGUUUCAUCUUUUCUUUUCUCUGUAGGUGAUGGUGCCAACGAUGUCAGCAUGAUCCAGGUGGCUGACGCUGGUGUGGGAAUAUCGGGCCAGGAAGGCAUGCAGGCUGUGAUGGCAAGUGACUUUGCAAUCUCUCAGUUCAGGCACCUCAGGAAGCUGCUGCUUGUCCACGGUCAUUGGUGUUACACCAGGCUUACCAACAUGGUGCUUUACUUCUUCUACAAGAACGUGGCCUACGUGAACCUCCUGUUCUGGUACCAGUUCUUCUGUGGGUUUUCGGGCACAUCGAUGACUGACUACUGGAUCUUGAUUCUUUUCAAUCUCCUCUUUACGUCGGUGCCACCCAUCAUUUAUGGUGUCCUGGACAAAGAUGUGUCUGCGGAGAUACUGAUGCAGCUGCCACAGCUGUACAGGACGAGCCAGAAAUCUGUGGCAUACCUGCCUUCCACUUUCUGGAUGACCUUGCUGGAUGCUUUUUACCAAAGUCUCGUUUGCUUUUUUGUGCCUUACUUUACUUACUGCGGCUCGGAUAUAGACGUUUUCUCUUUUGGAAACCCUAUAAAUACAGCGGCGCUCUUCAUAGUCCUGUUUCACCUUCUCAUUGAGUGCAAGUCUGUGACUUGGAUACACACGGUGGUUAUAGCUGGCAGCAUCCUGCUCUACUUUGUCUUCGCUCUGGCUUUUGGGGCAACCUGCAAAACCCACAACCCGCCGUCGAAUCCUUACUGGAUCAUGGAGAAGCACGUGGCAGACCCCGUGUUUUACUUGGUUUGCCUCCUGACCACUUGUCUUGCUCUGCUGCCCAGGUACUUGCUGCGAGUUCUCCAAGGAACGUUGUUCCCGUCUCCGGCGUUGAGGGCCCGGCGCCUCGACAGGCUGGGCCCCGAGGAGCGGAGGGAAGCCGUGCGGAGGUGGAGAGGUGACUGCGUCGGGAUCCGUGGGCUGGAGUUCCGGGCUGCUGCUGGGGCUUGCGGCUCAGCCCCAGGCGCUCUGCCAGAGGAAGGAGGCAUCGCCAGGGUUUUGCCGACACCUGAACCACCUUUUCAGGCCUGUUCAGGAGAUGGGUUGGUGGAGGACACCUCCUUCUCACCAGACAUUGGGGCUGGGCCUGGGAAUACAAACGGCUUGAACUCUGGGAAGGCCUCGUUUCUGAACUCACCUGAGGAAAAUGAUCCAGACGUGUUUGACAGUCACGGCCCCGGUGCCAGAGUCUCUGCGCGCGCUUCUGAGGGCAGCGGUGCUGCUUCCCGAGCACACCAAGCAAGUCAGAAGCCUGUCUGGUGUGAGGAAGACUCUUUAAUUUAA